GCCAGGCUGCUGCUAACUUCUUGGUGGACCCGCUUUGUGCCGCGCUGUUCAUGCAUCGGUCGGGUCUUGCAGGUCUCUCAGGUCUUUGCCGAGUCACCGACCAUCUGUAUCUCAGUAACGGCAGAGCGGCCAAUGAUUCCUCUCAGCUGACUCGGUGUCAGAUCACCUGCAUCGUGAACGUUAGUGAGACCAAGAGACGCUGCCCUCCUCCGCCCGAGGUGGAAUACAUCCACAUCCCGGUCCCUGACACCCCGGGGUCUCCCCUCAGCGACCACUUUGACGAGGUGGCAGAUAAGAUCCAGCUCGCUGCGGAGCGCGGCGGCCGCACUCUGGUGCACUGUAACGCCGGUGUGAGCCGCUCCGCCACCCUGUGCAUGGCCUACCUGAUGAAGCACUGCGGCGUCACGCUGCUGGAGGCCCACAGGUGGGUGAGGACCUGUCGCCCCGUGGUGAGGCCGAAUGACGGCUUCUGGAAGCAGCUCGUCCGGUAUGAGAUGGAGCUUCGUGGGUGCAACUCUGUCCGAAUGGUUCCCUCCUCCAUGGGAGAGAUACCGGACAUUUAUGAGGAGGAGGCCAGAAAUAUGAUGCCGCUGUGAGGGGGCGAGGGGACAUUUAUACAUUCUGUGUCACAUUCACCCACAGUGUUAAAAUACCAUCAUGUGAAGAAGCAUAAAGGCUGAAGGUGAAAAUGCUGCAUAGAAAUAGUUCCAUCAGUAUAAAGUAUUGUAUUAUUAACUAUUAUGUAAUGUCAUAUAUGACAACUAUAUAUGGUUGCCAAUUUUCUACUUUUAAUACUUUGAUCCAUUUUGAUGAUAAUACUUUGA